AGGAAACUCAAGACGACCUUACCUGAACCAGACCUCCCAAGAGUUAUAUAUGAUGAUAUACAAAGAAAGAUGGAAAGAAGAGACGCCGAACAGAAGUCGAAGCAGAAGUUGUAUGCUGACAACAAAUCACGUGCAAGAGAAAGUUCGCUUAGUCCUGGAAUGGUAGUCUUGGUGAAGCAACCUAAGCAAAACAAGUUGAGUACGCCAUUUGACCCAAACCCAUUUGUGGUGAAAGAGAAGAAAGGGACUAUGGUGACAGCUAGUAAUGAUCUCAAGACCGUGACACGAAACUCAUCCCAGUUUAAAGUUAUCCCACCAGAGCUGAAUCCUGAAAGAAACCAAGAAAAGCAAGGAAACGAAGCACAAACUGAGAAUCCACCAUCUGUAGCUAAUCCCAAUCAAGAUGAAAUAACCGAAUCGUUAAGAAGAUCAAAUCGACAAAGAAGACAACCCGCAAGAUUCACGGACUAUGUCACAACCAUCAAUUAA